AUGUCGUCGGGAAGGUACAUGGCUUACUCACCGUCUCCCUCCGCCCCUCACUCUCCGCACAUCGGAGCCGCAGGUGGCGGCGGGGUUAUGCGCGCUGCCUCUGUGCUCAUCAUGGAACAAGAAAAGUACUUAUCAGAGUUGCUGUCUGAACGCAGCAAAAUCGGUCCUUUUGUGGCUGUGCUGCCAAAUAGUUAUCGUUUGCUGAAUCAAGCAGAAAUAUUGCGUGUAACUACACUGUUGGAGAAUGCAUCGGUAUUAGAACAAAAUGGGUUUGAACAAGCUAGCCCGUUGGCUUCGGCUGGGAUAUUUACAAAUGGAGGCGCUAACAACAGAUGGCCAUCACCAUUUCAAUCUGAAGUGCCGGGUUUGGUUCAGCCUUCUUCCUCACAUAAUUGGCUUGGCUCUCACGGUAGCCCGUCAGGUCUUAUUGUCAAGCGACUCGUCAGAAUCGAUGUUCCAGUUGAACAGUAUCCAAAUUACAAUUUUGUCGGUCGCCUCCUUGGGCCUAGAGGAAAUUCUCUUAAACGAGUCGAAGCUGCUACUGGGUGUCGUGUUCUAAUCAGAGGACGUGGAAGUGUUAAGGAUCCAGAAAUGGAAGCGGCAGUGAGGGGAAAACCUGGAUAUGAGCACCUUAACGAGCCUCUUCACGUACUUAUUGAGGCAGAGAUGCCAGUUGAGAUAAUCGAUGCUCGUGUUAGACAAGCACGUGAGAUAAUUGAAGAUUUGCUUAAGCCAAUGGAUGAAUCCCAUGAUUAUUACAAGCAGCAGCAGUUACGUGAACUGGCCGUGCUCAAUGGUUCCCUUCGUGACGAUGUGUCCCGGAUGUCUGGUUCGGUUUCCCCUUUCAACAGCAGCCUCGGGAUGAAAAGGGCAAAAAUAGGCGAGUGA